GAAAGGGCGGAUGGAGGCGAGUCGAAGGUGAUAUAAAGGCACGAAGAGGAAAAAAAGGAGAGUAAAAACAAGGAGGAAAGAAAGAGGGAGAGAGAGAGAGAGAGAGAGAGAGAAAGAGAGAAGGAGUCUCGUCUCGUCUCUUCUCCUCUCCUCUCCUCAUCCCGCGCGCGCGCGUGCGUGUGUAUGGAUGACCACCUGAGUCUCCUCCGCUCUCCUCCGCCUUCCUCCUCCAAACACCGGGGCGACGGCACCCAGGUGAACCGCGGCUACACCGACACGGAGCGCGAGGACACCAUGACGGUGGUGGCGUGCGGCGAGAGCAACGUGGAGGAGCCCGCGCUCGAGCGCUACGAGCCCCAGCACGAGUGCUGCGAGCGGGUGGUGAUCAACAUCUCCGGUCUGCGCUUCGAGACGCAGCUCAAGACGCUCUCGCAGUUUCCACAAACUUUACUCGGCGACCCGAAAAAGCGGAUGCGCUAUUUCGAUCCGCUCAGGAACGAGUACUUUUUCGACCGCAACCGACCGAGUUUUGACGCCAUCCUGUAUUACUAUCAAUCCGGCGGGCGCAUCCGGAGACCCGUGAACGUUCCCAUCGACAUUUUCUCCGAGGAGAUCCGCUUCUAUGAGCUCGGCGAAGAGGCCAUGGAAAAAUUCCGGGAGGAUGAGGGAUUUAUUAAAGAAGAAGAGCGUCCUUUACCGUCGCGCGAGUUUCAGAGGCAGGUAUGGCUCUUGUUUGAAUAUCCUGAAAGUUCAGGUGCGGCGCGCGCCAUCGCCAUCGUCUCCGUGCUUGUCAUUCUGAUUUCCAUCGUUAUCUUCUGCUUGGAGACGCUGCCCGAGUUCAGAGAGGAUGAUGACCGAGAGCCAGCAGUCACCGCCACUAUGUUGAACUCCACCACCACGGCUCUUCCGAGCCCUUUCUCGGACCCUUUCUUCGUCGUGGAGACGCUUUGCAUCAUCUGGUUCUCGUUUGAGCUCCUGGUGAGAUUCUUUGCAUGCCCGAGCAAAGCUACAUUCUCCAAGAACAUCAUGAACAUCAUUGACAUCGUGGCCAUCAUUCCAUACUUCAUCACGUUAGGGACGGAACUCGCAGAACGCCAGGGGAACGGUCAGCAGGCCAUGAGUUUAGCCAUUCUCAGAGUGAUCAGAUUGGUGCGUGUAUUUAGGAUCUUUAAACUCUCACGCCACUCUAAGGGCCUUCAGAUUCUGGGUCAGACACUCAAGGCCAGCAUGCGGGAACUGGGCUUGCUCAUCUUCUUUCUGUUCAUUGGAGUCAUUCUGUUCUCCAGUGCCGUCUAUUUCGCUGAAGCUGACGACCCAGACUCGGGCUUCAACAGCAUCCCGGAUGCCUUCUGGUGGGCCGUGGUGACCAUGACCACGGUGGGAUACGGAGACAUGCACCCUGUGACCAUCGGGGGCAAAAUUGUCGGGUCGUUGUGUGCCAUCGCAGGCGUCUUGACCAUCGCUCUUCCUGUCCCGGUUAUCGUCUCAAACUUCAACUACUUCUACCACCGGGAGACGGAAGGAGAGGAGCAGGCACAGUAUCUCCACAUCACAAGCUGCCAGCCGCUCUCGUCCUCGUCUGAGGAGUUGAAGAAGACGCGCUGCUCGUCCUCGUCCUCUCUCAGCCGAUCUGAGUACAUGGUGAUCGAAGAAGGAGCCUUCACUCAGCCCAAUUUCCCGUCCCAGAACAACCAGAACUGCGUCCAUAUCAAAAAGAUCUUUACAGACGUUUAAGACUUGUUUUAAUAACGAUUUAACAGACUGUAAUAACAAUAAUCAUCCUCCUCGAGCCGUGUGUGAAGGUUAGACAUGGCUGUGACCUCCAUUUUACGCUUGACAGGUGAGGAGAGACAUCUGAGCCCCCAUGUGUCCAUCCGCUCAUCUGUCUUACUGUGUGCUCUCAGUGUUAACUCGAUAGGAGACGCUAAAGGACAAAUGCUAAUUGCCUUCACUUAAUGAUUAGUAUUAAGCAGAAGUAAUGUAAGCUAGUGUACCUGCAGUUUUAUUCAGUUUCUCUGCAUAAACACUCCACAGACAGCGUGAGACAGAUAGAUAGAUAGAUAGAUAGAUAGAUAGAUAGAUAGAUAGAUAGAGAGAGAGAGGGCGAGGGAGAUAGAGGGAGAGAGAGAGAGAGAUUCAAUCUGGAAUUUAUCAUCAUAAUCCUAAAGUCUCAUUAUAAUAAUGGACUCGAAUAAUUUGGGUUAUUUUCCUGUCUUGUGUGCCGUCAGUAUUUCAUAUCAGUGUAAUAACCAACACUGUUAAGCAUGUGUGUGCGUGACUGAUACCACGCACACACACACACACACACACACACACACAUAUGCGCUUAAAUAUUUUGAGUGCCGAAGGACAAGGGAGAGGGAUAAAGGAUAGAGAGGGAGGGAUAGAGACAGCAUCCUGCUCACUCCUGGAAUCAUGAGGUCUCCAUAGUGACGCCGGUUUCCCCAGUAACCCGCUGCUGUUGCCAUGGCAUCCUGAUCAGUUUCAAGGGCGAGACUCCAGAUGGCUGUGCCAUGAAUGAAUAAACGAGCCAGGAUGCACGAUGGAGUAAACAAAUGUGCAACAGGCGUCCACACACUCCGGGAUGAAGUGCAGUGAGCGAGGAUGUCUAACAGAGGAGGAAUGUUUCUAGUGUUCGAAAGAGGAGACACUUCAUGAAGCGAAGGAGGAGUGGAGUUAUGAAUGGAUGCUUACACACUCUUCUCGCCCUGUGGAGUGUGAACGCACAGUGCUAAGGAACAGCCAGGAAAGGGAAGAAGACUUCAUUAGCCACAUGGAGGGAUUUUUGGACCGAUCGCUUGAUCUUUUAGCCCUAAUGGAGGAGGAGAAAAUCUGUCCUGAUUUGAGCUACCCGUCUGAGAGAAGCCUAAUCGACUACAUUAACUCCUUACCUCCUUACAUUUAAUUGAAUCAGAUAUGGGUAAAUAUGUAAAUCAUGAACACACACACACACACCGAACCCUAUUUUCUUCCAAAUUUAUACUCGUCCCCAUCACCAUCCCCCUUCCGUCCUCCAUAUAACAUAAACACAUAAAACCAGGUGGAUGGAAACCACGUCCAGCAUCCAACUGAGACAAAAAUCUGUCAUCCUGAUCCUGAGGAAAUGAUGUCACAGGGUUUUCCUGAUACUGACAUGGCUGACUCAUCUGCCUCGGAUCCUCCAGUGCAUGAAAUAUCACGCUGUCUUUCCAGAAGGAUUUUCAGGCUUGUCACAUUGAGGUUCGUCCGUGAUGUUUCCGGCGCUCUCGCCCACUUCCUGCCAGGAUUUGACAGAGGAGUCGGAGGAAUAAAUCCCAACCCACACGCUGCUUCGGUGUUUCAGGUUCUUCUGACAAUUUGAAAAGAUAACCAUGCCAAAACCAUGCUUCUGAAAUUCACAGCUUCUAAUUUAUCACAGACCUAAAGAAAUCUUAUGGGUAUUUAACAUUGCAUCAUUCAUUAUGUGCUAAUAAGCGGGAAAGGGCAUUCAGGAAAGACAGAGGGAUGGGCCAGGGGGCAAUAAAAACAGUUCAGAUGCAGAUAUAUAUUUAAUAGUUAUAUAUUUUGUGAGUUCGAUUCCUAUCUCCACUCUGUGUAUGUAGAUUUUGCAUGUUUUCCCUGCGCUUCAAGGGUUCUCCAGUUUCCUAAUCAGUCAAAAGAAUGUGGAUGUGUGUGUGAGUGUGUGUGUGAAAUUGUGCCCUGUGAUUGGUUGGCACCCAAAAGAGAGUAAGAGAUAGAAAAAGACAGAGAGAGAGUGGUAGAGAGAGUGUGUGUAUAUUUAUAGAUAUACUAUAGAUAGUAUAAGAACUAGCUAGUCUGUUAUUUGGAAUGAUUCUGAAUUAAAAGAUUUUUAAAUUAACAUUUUGACAUUAAACUUCAUUUUCAUUUAAAGACAUGGUAUGUGAAGGUUGAAGAGGAAGAACUGGAGUGUUCUGCACUGAGCCCUGACUCUGACUCAACCCCACUGAACACCUCUGGGAUGAACUGGAACACUGACUGAACCCCAGACCUCCUCACUCUUACAUCAGUGUCUGAUCUCACUAAUGCUCUUGUAGAUGACUGAUCACAAAUCCCUACAAUUAUGCUAUAACCUCUAGUGGAAAACCUUCCCAGAAGAAGAGUUGAGCUUGGAAUGGGAUGUUCAACAAGCACAUAUGGGUGUGAUGG